AUGUCUAGACAGAUUAUUCAUGCAGGACCUAUGGAUGAUUCAUUAUUAAGGCUUCAGCCAUUCCAUAUAUCUGAGCAUAUAUGGAAUGAAGCUGAGGAUAGGGUUCUGAAGGUUAGGAGUGAAAAACAAUCAGAGUUGCGUGGUGGUGACAUUCCAGCCGCUGUUCAGGAUCUUUUACAGAGGGCUGGUUUUAUGGGGAUGGCGCAGAUUAGUUACUUUCCUGUGGAUAAUCAUUUAAUAUCUGCGUUAGUUGAGCGAUGGAGACCAGAGACCCACACGUUUCACAUGUCCUUCGGCGAGUGUACUAUCACGUUGGAGGAUGUUGCAAUUUUACUUGGGUUGAAGAUCUCUGGGGCACCCAUUACUGGAUACGCAAGUAUGGAUUGGGGAGCUCUUGUGCAGCGCCUUCUUGGCAUGACACCCCCUGAGGCAAUGCUUGUUGGGGGUAGAUUGAGGAUGAGGUGGAUUGACCAGCACUUUUCGGAUGUUUCUGAGCAUAUACAUAGCCAGGAACAGUUGGAACGCUAUACUAGAGCGUUCAUUUUACGCAUGAUCGGGGGAUAUUUAUUAACCGAUCACUCUAGCUCGUUUGUAUCCCUCAGAUACCUGAGUUUCCUCGAAGACCUAGAUGUUUGUGGUCAAAUGAGUUGGGGGUCAUGCGUCCUGGCAAAUAUGUACAGGGAGUUGUGUGUGGCGACGAAUUAUGAUCACAAGGAAAUUGCUGGGUCAGGUAUUUUACUGCAAUUAUGGGCAUGGUAUCGGUUUCCAUUUAUUGCACCACCUCAUCCACCUUUAUCUACAUUUCAUGUUCCUCUAGGGGCAAGGUGGAAUUAUGCCUUGCAUAAACCUAGAGAGGAAACAAAAGAAAAAAUUGUGAAGUAUAGAGACUAUUUUGACCGUUUAAAAAGAGAGGAUUUUGUAUGGCAACCAUACUUGGAGUUACUACCUACAUUACCUCCUUACUGUUUGGAGGACUCACACGUAUGGAGGUCAACAGUCCCGUUGAUUAAUUUCCACAUCGUCGAAUAUCAUUAUGCAGAUCGUGUCAUGCGACAAUUUGGGAUGGUCCAACACAUUCCUGCGCCUCCUAUUCAUCCGGAGAAAUUGCAUGAUCUUUCGUUGAGAGGCAAGGAUAACACGGACUGGUCACGCAUGCACGUUCAAUUUGUGCAGGAGUGGCAGUCACGUCAUCAUCGUGUAUGGACACAACCUGCGUGUGAUACACCACACUUGAGCUAUAGCUCAGAAUACAUGGUGUGGUAUAGGAAACAUACAAGGCGAUGGAUUUCUCCUUCUAGUGCAAAGGAAGGAUAUGUGACCGAUGUUCUAGAACACAUUUAUCAUGGCACCAGUGAAGAACAUAGGGAUGCCUUUGAUUUUACCAUGAUGCAUGAGAGCAUCGGUAACUGCUUGCAGUUGCGAGACGAGGUGAGCAGGGUCAGUUUCCCUUUUACACCGGCUGCAGCUGCAGCAUUACCACAAGCAUACGAAGUUCAGGUGGAGCACAUUGGGGCGGGUCGACGAGAAGGAAAGGGACUAAGUCGUCGACGAAGGCGAGUUGAACACCAGGGUUUAUAGAUACUAGUUCCUCCGACUGAGCCACCAACUGGGACAUAUUAUCCGAGUACAUUGACCCCAGAUGCAGAUGUGACACAAUAUGUGUAUGGUACUGCACAUGACACAUCUUUUGGGUUUGACACAGCAGAAGUGUCUGGUGCAGGUAAUUUCCCGGCAUCGGAGUCGAUGGGUGAUGUCCCGAGUAUGUCGGGUGGUAGUAUGUUCCAGUUUACACCUUCUCCAUAUGUUCCAGACAUGAUCUCUCCAUCAGCACCUAUGAUGGACUAUCGAGAUUAUCGAUUUGGACAACAGUCAUUUAUGGGAGGAGGAUUUUAUGGUGGGGGUUCGUCUUCCCAUCAUCCAGGUUUAGGGCAUGAUUUGAAUACAGCAUUAGCAGCGGAAGCUGGAAGCCCUGAGGGAGAUGGUGAUGAGUUAGUUCGGAGGAACCCAGAUCGUGGUGCUCGCCAUAGACAACGACAAUGUAUCCUAAGUCCCCAUGAGCAGCACAUGAGGAGAAAUGAAUAGUUGAUAUGCCACCGGACCACGCUGGUUACACGCUCCAGAAAGACGAGAAUACGUUGAAGAAGUAAUUUGUAUUUGUUUUAAUAGUUACUGUAAACUUUGUUGUAAUUAUUUUAUUGUAUAACUGAACAAUUUAAUUAAACUAGAAUUGACAUAUGAUAUAACUAUGGA